UGAAAUUUCGGAACAGAUUCCACAAACCAGACCAGACGACCACGCAAUCGGAAGGUCUAAAGACUAAAAACGGACGAUUCCGCCGAUAACAGAUUCUCUUUCUCCGGCCUCUGAAUCUGUAACCCGACCCAUCUCUGCUGCAUCCAGCAUCAUCACAUCUCAUUCAAAAGCAAUCACCCACUUUCAAGUUCCAAACUUCAAAAAAACCCAAUUCAUGAUCUAAUCUAAACAAGCGAUCAAUCUGGAGGAGGAGGAAGAAGAAGAUGGCUACUGAGAGGCACGGUCAUCCGGCUUCCACUUCUCGUGAAGACGACGCGCUGUUCCUAGACAUACUCCACGAAGCUCCUUUGUUCGGCCAUCGCAAAUCCAGAAGUCUCGUCGGCGCAAUUCUCUACUCCCUUCUACUGGCAAGUUCAACCGCGAUCUUAUCUCUCAAUUUUCCUCUCUUCUUUUGGCAGGUUAUGCUGUUCUUGGCGCUGCUGCUCCCUACGUCUUCUACUCUAUCAAGAAUUGGGUUCCUUCAUUGCUUUGCAGUUGUGAUGUUGUUCUCCUCGUCCUCACAGGUAUCUUCCAGCAAUAUUUUGUUUCGCAAGUCCAGAAAAUACGGCUUCAGGGUUACUAUAGUUUCAGCCAGAAAUUGAAACAUAUUGUCCGCCUGCCAUUUGCUAUCACUGCUUAUGGAACUGGAUUGAUGGUGCUGAUCAUUGUAUGGGAUCCUCAAAUUAAAUUUCUUACUAUCCCUGCUUUACUGAGAAUUAUCAUGUUGGCUGAAGCAGUAUGUGCUGCAUCCUUUAUGAGUGUUUAUAUUGGCUAUUUACAUCAGUACAAUUCGAUAAACUCUCAGCCCGACAUUUUGAAGUCGUUGUAUUCUCCACUUCAACAAUCAAGCCCUUUAGAAGGUUUGAGGUACCAAGAAGGUGGUAGACUUUCCGAUCAGCAAAUGGCUCUGUUGCAAUAUCAACGUGAGAAUCUCCAUUUUUUGAGUGAAGAGGUUCUACGCUUGCAAGAAUGUUUAAGCAAAUACGAACGAUCUAGCGAUGGCAGCACACCUCAGGUUGAUGUUGCGCAUUUGUUGGGUGCUCGUGAACAGGAGUUAAGGACGCUUACUGCCGAGAUGAAUCAAUUACAGUCUGAGCUAAGGCUUGCUCGGUCUGUGAUAGCUGACAGGGAGUCUGAAUUCCAGAGGGUACGAGCUGCAAAUAAUCAGUAUGUGGAAGAGAACGAGCGCCUGAGAGCUAUAUUAGGGGAAUGGAGUACUCGUGCUGCCAAGCUCGAGCGAGCUCUGGAGGCCGAGCGGAUGUCCAACCUUGAAUUGCAAAAGAAGCUUUCAUCAUCUCCGAGAAACCAUUCGAGUCAGCAUGGUGCAUAGCAUGACUCGUUACUCCGAACGAACGAGCAUCGGAACGUGAUGAACUUGAUAUGUGGUUUACAGAACUAAAAACACUUACCUGUACAUGACCAAGCAUUGCUUAUGCAUUCGCCCGAUGACUAAUUGUUUGUUCAGUGCAAUUACUCGUUACUGGAGAUGCACCCUCUCGAGAUAGGGUUCCUAGUACAAACAUCAAACUGAAGCUUGGAACAUUGAAAUGUGGCUUUACAAUCGGGAUACGUUGUUUUCCUCAUAAAAAAAUAGGCUUCAUGGAUUUGGAAAUGAAUAUUCCACAUCGUUUGGUAUGUCAUAUUCAAAUCAAUUCAUUUUCAAACGAAUU